GCUCCGGGCGGGGGCCGGGCCGCUUCUGCCGCCGCGCCAGGGUGACCCAGGCGCCGAGCAGAGCGCGGGGGCUGCGGCGGAUCUCGGGCGCGUUGGGCGGGACGGAUCCAGCGGCGGGCACGAUGUCUCUCUCCACCAAGCUCACCUUGGACAAGGUGGAUGUGAAGGGCAAGCGGGUGAUCAUGAGGGUUGAUUUCAAUGUUCCAAUGAAGAACAACAAAAUAACAAACAACCAAAGAAUCAAGGCAGCUAUCCCUAGCAUCAAGCACUGCUUGGAUCAUGGCGCCAAAUCUGUGGUUCUGAUGAGUCAUCUGGGUCGACCUGAUGGAGUCCCUAUGCCUGACAAAUUCUCCUUGGCACCAGUGGUUGGAGAACUUGAAGCAUUGAUUGGCAGGAAGGUCUUGUUUCUGAAAGACUGUGUGGGUCCAGAGGUAGAGAAGGCCUGUGCUGAUCCUCCAACUGGCUCCAUCAUCCUCUUGGAAAACCUCCGAUUCCAUGUAGAAGAAGAAGGGAAAGGGAAAGAUACUUCAGGGAACAAGAUCAAGGCUGAGCCUGCAAAGGUGGAUGCUUUCAGAGCUUCUCUUUCUAAACUGGGAGAUGUUUAUAUCAAUGAUGCUUUUGGAACUGCCCACCGAGCUCACAGCUCCAUGGUAGGCGUUAAUCUGCCUCAGAAAGCUGCUGGCUUCCUGAUGAAGAAAGAACUGGAUUACUUUGCAAAGGCUCUGGAGAGUCCGGAGAGGCCCUUCUUGGCAAUCCUUGGAGGAGCUAAAGUUCAGGAUAAGAUUCAGCUCAUCAAUAACAUGUUGGAUCAAGUCAAUGAGAUGAUCAUUGGUGGUGGAAUGGCUUUCACUUUCCUCAAAGUACUCAACAAUAUGGAGAUUGGCAAUUCUCUGUUUGAUGAAGAAGGAUCAAAGAUCAUCAAGGACCUGAUGGCCAAGGCUGAGAAGAAUGGUGUGAGGAUAACUCUGCCCGUUGACUUUAUUACUGCAGAUAAAUUUGAUGAGAAUGCACAAAGUGGGGAAGCCACUGUGGCCUCAGGGAUCCCUGCUGGCUGGAUGGGCUUGGAUUGCGGUCCUGAAAGUACUAAGAAGUUUGUGGAAGCUGUGGGCAGGGCCAAGCAAAUUGUGUGGAAUGGUCCAGUUGGUGUAUUUGAGUGGGAAAAGUUUGCCAAAGCAACCAAAGCACUGAUGGAUAAAGUUGUGGAAGUUACUGGCAAGGGUUGCAUCACCAUUAUUGGUGGUGGAGACACUGCUACCGCCUGUGCUAAAUGGAACACCGAGGAUCAGGUCAGCCAUGUCAGCACUGGAGGUGGUGCCAGCUUGGAACUUCUAGAGGGUAAAGUUCUUCCUGGUGUGAAUGCUCUAAGCAAUGUGUAAUGGACAGAACACUUCCCCAGUAUGUUCCUGUGCACAGCCCCUAGCCAUCAACACUGCUGCGCUUCUGUAUCUCAGCUCUGCAAGAGGCAGAUCACAGAAUGUAAACCGAAAUUAGAUGGUGGUAUGAGAAGAUGACAACGGAGAUGGCUUGAGUCUACAGUUUACAUGAUGUGGAUUUGUCCACUGUUAUCCCACUUGAACUAAUGUAGUACGUUAAAUUGUUGGUCUUAAUUUAGAGUGUAUAUAUUUAUAUUUUGCCUUUUAAAAAGAGAUUAACCCUCAUUAAAUGUCUGUUUCUCAAAAUAGAAUGCUGCGUUAAGCUUGAUCAGUGUUUUUAGCAGCUGUUUUUUGUCACUUGACACAGUUCAAAAACAUUUCUUUUGUUUUUGAGAUUGACUGUAAUAGCUGCUGAAUAAAUGUCGGUGCUCACCAA